UUUGCAUCAUUCGUCAUGUUACGUGAGAAAUUCGUUCGUUUCUUGCUCUUGACCGUGAUAAAUUCCGUCGCGGAUGCCGUUUUGCUGAAAGAAUUCGCCUCGGAAACCACCGAUUCGCCAGUUGUUCACACUUUAUCGGGUCCCGUACGAGGUUCAGUCCUCGAAUCACGUCUUGGGAGCUUAUUUUUCGCUUUUCGUGGGAUACGAUAUGCUGCGCCGCCCGUUGGAUCGCUACGUUUCAAGGCACCUGAGCCAGUUCCUGCUUGGAUUACGGAAUUUGAUGCCACGGAAGAUGGUCCUCGAUGUCCCCAACCCACAGAUUUGGAUGAAAGAGAUGACGUGAGUGAGGAUUGCUUGCGUUUGAACAUCUACACUGCUGAAUUACCUAAAAAAUCAUCGUCAGUAAAGAAGCCAGUUGUCGUAUAUUUGCAUCCGGGAGGCUUUUACGCCGUUUCCGGGCAAAGUAAGAACUUCGCAGGACCUCAAAGCUUGAUGGAUCGAAAUAUUGUACUCGUAACGUUAAAUUAUCGUCUUGGCGCUCUCGGAUUUUUAGCGAUAAAUACUCCAGAUGCUCCCGGAAAUGCCGGAUUGAAAGAUCAGGUGAUGGCUUUGAAAUGGAUUCGCUCGAAUAUUGCGAGAUUUGGCGGAGAUCCGAACAUGAUAACACUUUUGGGGUACAGUGCAGGUGCUUAUAGCAUCACAUUGCAUCUCGUGAGUCCAAUGUCACGUGGAUUAUUUCAUCGGGCGAUUGUAAUGAGCGGCGCAGUAACAAGCCCACGCCCGUCACAUCAGCUGGAAUUGGCGAAACGUCAAGCGAAAUUAGUAAAUUGCCCCGAAAGUCCCUUGGAGGCGAUGAUGACGUGUUUGAGAGUCGUUCCGGCACGACUUUUAGGCGAUACUUUGCGAAAUAUGUUCGAUUUUUUGGCGAAUCCAAUACUUUUGUGGGAACCUGUGAUUGAACCAAACUUCGGACAGGAGCGAUUUUUAACGCAUGACCCCACAGAAUUAUUUCAAGCGGGAAAAUUCAUGAAAAUUCCAAUAAUUAGUGGUAUUACAAAAGACGAAUUCGCUAGUCCUGCCAUUUAUAUCUUGCAAAAUGAGACUUUGACUUCGAUUAUGAACGAUCAGUGGGAGAAAUUAGCUCCGAUUUGCUUUUUGUACGAACGUGACACCCUAAAAUCAUUAGAAAUUAGUCGAGAAUUGAAGAAAAAAUACAUCGGAGGUACCUUGAAUGGUCUGUCGCAGUUGAAAUCCUUCAACGAGCUCUUCGCUGAUGCAGUUAUUGGCUUUCCUGUUCAUCGUUUCGUGCAAUUAGCCUCCAAAUACACUAAAGUUUAUUACUAUAAAUUCAGUUAUCAAGGUCGGUAUAGUCACACUUACUUCCCCGAUGACAAACCUUAUGGCGUUGUACAUCACGAUGACCUUUUAUAUCUCUUUGUUGCUCCAAAAAUCGCCCCAAUGUUCACUGAAACCGACCCGGAACACUUGAUAGUUGAGCGCAUGACUCGCAUUGUAGCGAAUUUUGCCUUGCACGGAGAUCCAAAUAGCAUUUUCGAUCCAUUUUUGAAGGAAAUUAAGUGGAAACCGAACUUUGGGACGUUGAAACACAAGUCAAAGUACCUGGAAAUCGACGUGAAUAUGACGAUGAAGGAGAAUUUGUACGGAAAUCGGUAUGAAAUUUGGCAAAAUUUGUUCCCGUUGAAGCAAUUGACCGUACAAGAUAUCGUCGCGAUGAAUUCUUCGCCAGUAAUUGCACAAACACACGUUCACAAGAAGAGGAAACGACAUUGAUGUCACGUAUGUUUGGGUUUUUAACGUACGUCAAGUACCUGUGUGAAGAGAAAGAGAGUA